CUCCAGUAAUACUCGACCUGUAGCCUACGAAGAAGACCAGCGCUGCAGCGAUUUCGGAUCUUCGUUUAACCUUAGUGAAAGUAACGGAAACUUAUAACUUUAAAGAUAUAUGGCUUAUAAAAACCUCACCAGCGCUAUCUUAGCGGUUGUGUUUUUAUUUCUCUGUUGUGGUACCUUCCUCUUCGGUGUGGUGGCAAGUCAAGACGCCGAGCUUUUGUCAGGAGAGCAGCAGGCUUCUGCUCAGAAUUAUCGUCCUUAUUAUAAUUACAAUCAACGACCAGGUUAUCCAGUGAGACGUCCUGCCUACAAUAACUACGCCAACCAGAGGCCUCAGAUCCCAGUAGCAGCUCCUUCUAGCACCAACUACCGGCCAGCACCAGCGCCAGCGCCAGCCCCAGUCCCAGCCCCAGCCCCAGCCCCAGCAGUCCCAGCACCAGCUCCAGCACCGACCACUGCUAGACCCAGUACGGCUAUCAGUGGAUCAUCAUGCGGCUCAUCCAACAGCUACCAGCAAUACGGAAUUUGCUGGGCUCCGGAAGGCCAGCGAUUACAAAUCAGUCCCAAUUUGACAAUUGAAAAUUUCGUUAGAUUUCACAAGAUGAAUUUUGAUGGCCCUCUGGUAUACACGACUAGCUAUCGGCGGCAAUUAUGCGAGCAGAGCCGACGCUUUAACAGUGUGGGCAUUCUGUGCACCUCCACCAGCGAUUCCAGCGGCCAUGAAGAAUGCUUUUAUAAGAGAGCGGGCGGUAUUUCAACGUCGGCUGCUAAAUCGUGUAUCAAUUACGACUGUAUUUGCGUGGUGGGAGACCCGUACGAAUCGAUUGCCACCAACACUAAUUCACCCAAUUCCCCUUUUAGUGCUCCUGUAUUUCAACCUGGAUACUGGGAGGCAUUUAAUGCUCAACUGAAUCAAAAUCUUCAAACCCAUUUAGCAGCUAACGGUAUCAACUGGAAACCAUUACAACUUCCAUCUAGUUUCAGCUCUUUGAUCAGUCCAAAUUUUACUGGAAAAUAGAACUUAACAUGUUGUAUUGCACGUUUCUUUAUUGGUUGAUCCCAAAUACACACACACGGUUAUUACCGGUAUUUCAUUUCUU